AUGACACGACACGUAGAUGACAUUAAAAAUAUGAUCUUUGAUGAACCAGAUUUCGACAGUGACGACGAUGGUAAUGAUGCAAUUAAAAGUAAAACAGCCCGACGAAAAGAAAGAAAAAGAUCACAAAAACAAGUCGAAGAAAAGAAAAAAUCAUCAGUUGAAACCAUUGUUUUUCAAGAUCGACGAAAGAAGAAAAAGAUUGGAAUUAAGCCUGAUAGUUCACCGUUAAAAAGUCAACAAGAAGAAAACGUUGAAUUUGAUCUUGAAAAAGCUCGUUUUGAUGUGCAUAAAUUUGGUAUUAAAGGUUUUGAAAAAAGUAAAUAUGAAGAUGCUCGUGUGGCAUUAGCUGUUAGUUUAGGGGCCAAACCACCCAAACGAAAAUUUAUUAAUUAUCGUGAAUUACUCGAACAAAAUCGAACGAAAAAGACCAAAGAAAAAGAAGAAGAAGAAAACGCGCGUUUACUCGGUGAUAUAUUUAAUAAAAAUCCAAAUAACAAAAAGAAAUUCGAUAGACAACCAAAGCGAAAACGUAUUGGCGAAGGCGAUGUUGGUUCAAUGCGUUUUUCAUCUGUUGGAAAAUUUACUGGAGGCGUUUUGAAAUUAACCGAUAGAGAUAUUUCUAGAGUUAAAAGCAAAUCAGGAUCUUCUCAGAAUAGAAAACGAUCAGGAAAUAAACGAUAA